AUGUCCAAGAACCCAAUCCGUCUUCCCCCCCUCCCGAGGCUUCGGGUCCGCAACCCAAACAAGCGCGAGCAAAACCCCUGCCUCACCAUCAUGUCCUCUGUCCUCGCGUGCUGGGCUUCCGCUGGCCACACUGGCAGAGCAUGCAACACAGUCGAAGACGCCCUCCGCGCCUGCAUGGACGCUCCCAAGCCCCCUCCGAAGCCAAGCAACACCAUCAACUACCAUCUCCAGAGACUGUCCUCGAAGCUUAUCAAGCAAGCGUCCAAGAACAAAUAA